GAAAACAGCCAAGAAGAAAGAGUUGUCUCAAGACGAGUUGUCUCAAGACGAGUUGUCUCAAGAAGAGUUGCCGCCACACUUCGCUCGCCUCCACCGAGAGAAGCAGCAGCGGGAGUGAUCAGCUUCGCUGCCACACGCAGCGAGACGAGAGACGAGACACAGAGACACAGAGACAGCGAGACAGCGAGAGAGAGACAUCUGCUAAGUCUGCUGGGUGGUGGUGGUGGCGACGCUGCUGCUGCUGCUGCUGCACGUGGCCUGGCACCCAGCGCUGUAGGGACAGCAGCGAGGGUUGGUGGAUCACACACAGAUGGAGUGAAACUCCCCUCCCGUGGGCGUCAAGGAGAUGCCAUGCCCUGGCUUACCAGGAGAAGGCGGUACAGCAAGUGGACUAAUCGCCAUCUGUUUCUAUCUGUACGGGGGAUGGAGUGUUGCUUUGUCACACCAUGCAGAGGACAGGCUGGAGCCGCGUGGCUGUUCUGUUGGCAUGCAUUGUGGCGCUGGUGGGCGCGUUGGCUGUGUCUCGCCCCGACCCUGCCCUGGAUGGGCACUGGGAGGCAUGGACGGCCUACUUCAAGAAGGCUUACACACAAACAGAUGGCAUCAAACGGCGGCUCAUAUGGGAGGAAAACAUGCGAUUUGUCGACAGACACAACUUGGAGCAUUCGAUGGGCCUGCACUCGUACACCCUGGGCAUGAACCACCUUGCGGACCUGACCGUGGAUGAAUUUCGCAAGACGAUGAACGGCUACAGGAGAGGCUCAAGAGAACGCCAUGAAGGCCACCACACAUCCACCUUCCUGGCUCCAGAGAAUUACGAAGUUCCCCAAAGUAUGGACUGGCGGGACCAAGGACUGGUCACACCUAUCAAGAACCAGGGCCAGUGCGGCUCCUGCUGGGCCUUCAGUUCGACGGGCGCGCUAGAGGGGCAGUGGAAGCGCCGCUCAGGCGAGCUGGUGCCGCUCAGCGAGCAAAACCUGCUGGACUGCUCGCGCCCCGAGGGCACGGAGGGCUGCGGCGGCGGCUGGAUGGACGACGCUUUCCAGUACGUCCUCGAUCAGGGUGGCAUCGACUCGGAGAGCGACUACCCCUACACGGCCACGGAUGUCGAUUCGUGCCACUACGACCCCUCGAGGAUGGUGGCGCAAAUGUCCGGCUUCGUGGACGUCCGCAAGGGCAGCGAGAAGGACCUGAUCACGGCCGUGGCCUCGGUGGGACCCGUGUCGGUCGCAAUCGACGCAGGCCACCAGUCCUUCCAGCUGUACGAGUCAGGCAUUUACUACGAGCCGGAGUGUAACAGCACCGAGCUGGACCACGCGGUGCUGGUGGUGGGCUUCGGGCUGAAGGGUCGCGGAGAAAAUGGGAAAAAGUUCUGGAUCGUCAAGAACAGCUGGAGCACCAGCUGGGGAGAUGAAGGUUACAUCCUAAUGGCUCGUGACCGAAAAAACAACUGUGGAAUUGCGUCGGCUGCCAGCUACCCACUGGUUUAGCUUAGCGGCGAGCGCCCGCGGCCCUGGCACAACACCUCAAAGCUUUCUCGUAAAAAAAUAAUUGUUCGAUAUAUUCCCGUGUUUACGUCUCCUGUUCAUCAACCUUUGUUCAGGCCCGAAACAUUCCCUCCAAGACAAACUGUCCCUUGGCCACAGCUAACAAGUGUCCUGGUCGACUUUUUUGUCACGACUGUGACCCACAGCUACGCGAGUAAAUACAACAAAAACAUUCCGCAACUUGUUCAAUGAAAAUCCUGCCAGUUUAGGAGAUAUCUGCAGAAGUUGUUCAAAUUAAAACAAAAACUCGACACGUUCGUGAAUGACGCUGUGGCCUUCAAAAUAAAAAGUAAAUAAUUCGCACCAUUGCAGGCAAUGGCCCUUCACAGCAACUAGCGAGGCCAGAGAAAUCAGAGUGCGUGGAGAGAGGCUUCCCUGGCCUCCCUGUGCUCUGACGAAGGGCCACUUGGCCAGAAGGGGCAGUUGGCCAACACGUCACUUUGUCUUUUAAGUCCACAGUGUUACGGAUGAACGUGUCGAGAUGUUUUGUUAAUUGCACUUGUGCGGCAAUUUCAGCGUAAUACAACCAAAGUGAUAAUGCAGGAAUGUUAUAUUCAUCACGUCCCUGGGUGGGGAGAGAGGGGGGUGAAGACCUGAGUGCGAUGGGUGACCGCCACCAACAUCAGUGGCGAGUGAUAUCCGAAACAGUCCCUAACCCUUUCACCAAGUUGCUCUGACUAGCGUGGUGAAGUAUGGUCAAACAACUCCCAUGACCGACAUAGCGUGGGAAUGGCUUGCAUCCAGCAUCGAAUAUACAAAAGGGCUGGAAUUUUUACCGAUUAAAAUCCCUUGAUUAUUUUCCUGCACCAAACACGUGGGAUACUUUCAGAUUGAAAUGUGAUCGUUUAGUUCGGUGGUUCUCAAUCUUAGGUGCACGCCGGGGGUGCGAGAUGCCCUUUCUGGGAACCAAAGCGGUGCAGGCUGCAGUCAAGGUUAAGAACCACUGGUUUAGUUUAAUUCAGCACACAAUGUAUUAAAAUCUGCACCAUAUUACAUAAGUAUUGGAUUUUAAUGUCUGUUAUUCAUGUUUCAAAGUCACGCUGAUGAUGUGACAAUCAGCUGACUUGUCUUGGCAUCACUGAUGAGUGCUGGCACAUUCCGUGAUGGCUUUGCUUUGCUUGUCUUGCGAUCGAAGCUCAUGCACGUGACGUUUACCAUUUUGUAUUCUACUUUUGACAUAUCAUUUGUGAAAUGCUCAACUUCAUAUCAAUAAAUGUAAACAAAUUCUUG